UAGUCUGUGAAACAAGCAGAGAUGAAUUCUCCCACACUUCACCUCUCCAGGCUAAGCCUUAUCAGUGUGUCAGUGCACAAUUCACCUUUCACUGAAUUCUUUAGUAUAAGAGAUCUACAGCAUUUUAAAUCUAUCAGUGAGAAUUUCCAAAAACUAUGAAAAGACUCAAGGAGGAAGCCAAUGAGACCUCUCCUCUAUCAGAAAAACCUCGCAGAAUUAACAGAUUGUUCCGCCAACUGGUACCUUAUGGAUUCUGUAAUGAAGCAAAGGAGCAGUUUGUAUUGGCCAUACCUGUGUUCUUAUGUCAAUUGAUGGUAUUCCUUGUAACGGUCGUGAGUUCCAUAUUCUGUGGCCAUUUAGGAAAAAAGGAAUUGGAUUCUAUUACACUUGCUUCUGCUGUUGUAAAUAUGUCUGGCAUAACAUUUGGAUAUGGAAUGAGUGCUGGAUGUGGUACUUUGAUGUCACAGACAUAUGGCAGCAAGAAUGUGAAGCGAGUGGGAACAAUCCUGCAAAGAGGAAUUCUUAUUCUAUUGCUGUGUUGCUUCCCCUGCUGGGCAAUAUUUAUUAAUACAGAGCAAAUACUGCUAUUGUGCAAACAAGAUCCAGAUAUUGCCAGGUUAACACAAAAAUAUGUGAUGAUCUUUUUUGCUGCUCUGCCGGCCCUACUUCUUCAGCAACUGCAAUUCAGAUAUUUGCAAAAUCAGGGUAUUUUAUGGCCUCAGGUUUUUGUUGGUGUAGGAGUAAACAUCGUGAAUGCUGUUGUCAACGCUAUUUUCUUGUACAUAUUGAAAAUGGAAUUUGAAGGUUCAGCUUGUGCAAACACAAUUUCUCAGUGGGUGUUCGCACUUACAACUUGUUUAUAUAUAGUUGGUAAAAAACUGCAUGUGGAAACAUGGGGAGGAUGGUCCAAAGACUGUCUUCAGGAGUGGGAUUUAUUAUUGUAUCUUGCUAUCCCCAGCAUGCUGAUGUUUUGCAUUGAAUGGUGGGCUUUUGAAAUUGGAGGCUUUUUAGCAGGACUUAUUAAUGAUGUGCAGCUGGGCGGACAUGCCGUUUUAAUGCAGUUGUCAACACUUACUUUAUUGCUUCCCAUUGGCUUUUGUACAGCUGCCAGUGUCAAAGUUGGAGCGGCAUUAGGAGCUGGAGACAUCGAGCAAGCCAAAAAGUCUACUAAAGUUGUACUUUACUGUACAGCAUUUUGUUGCUUGUUGAUCAGCUGUACUCUACUUGCGCUGAAAAAUGUCAUAGGUUAUAUGUUUACAAAUGAUAGGGAUAUUGUUACUUUGGUUUCAAAACUUAUUCUCAUAUUUGCUCCAAUUCACCUGAGUGAUGGCAUAAAUAUUGCCUGUGAUGGAGUAUUAAGAGGAAUAGGAAAGCAAAAAACUGGUGCUAUUACAAUUUUUUUUUGCUAUAGCCUCGUUGGCAUUCCGGUUGGAUUAUCACUGAUGUUUGCAGCAAAACUUGGAGUUAUGGGUCUAUGGAUUGGAUUUUUUUUACCAAUGUUGUUGCAAAACUUCAUCUUUAUACCCUAUAUCCUUCUUACGAACUGGCAAAAAGUCUGUGAAGAGGCUAAAACAAGAGCUGGAUUGAAACUGAAGAUGAUCUCUGACCCCACAACUUUACAAACAGAUGUUUUGAAAUCUACACUUGGCUUGGUAGAAAAAGGGGAAACAACAAUGUCGGAUUCCAGCUUUAAGGCCAUGCAUGACAUGACCUCUGGAGAAGAUCAUACAAAGCAACUGGAGUUAAAAGAUGAUCUACCAAUGCAAGCAACUAAUGUUGUAGGUGAAAUCCUCUCCACUAAACAGCUGAUUGUCCGGAGAGGACUAGCAUUGCUUCUAUCCAUUACUGUACUUGUGAUUGGUAUUAUUGUUAGGGUAUUUACUAACAAAAGCUAACACAGGAGCUAAUGAGCCUUGAUAAGCACACUUAGAAGUGUGCUGUGUAGCCAGAAAAAUUUCCUCACUGCCUCUAGUUCCAAAAAUGUUUGCAAUCCUGACCCAAGUGACAAGAUAUUAAAGUUUUUAAGUGUUUGUUUUACAAAAAAAAGUGAAAAAAA